GUUAAUCUGUAGUAAAGCAGAAUUUAGGGUUUUUUUCUGUUGGGUUUGAUCUCAAAAUUAUUAAUUUUUCUUCGGAUAAGAAGUCGCGGUAUUCGAUCGAGCCUUGGUCUUGUCAUUAGGGCUCCUUCUUCCAGUGCAAAUUGAAUUUUGCAGUCUCAAUUAGGGUUUUCUGAAACGAUGUUUUCUUCAGGGACUCCUUUAAGAAACCUUCCACCUCCAAGCUUGCAGUAUUUCUCGUGAAAUUCGACCUAUCACACUCAUAUAAGUGAUGAUGAGGCUGCAAACUUAUGCCGGGCUUAGUUUAGUGGGCACACUUGCUAUAAUUUAUCAUGCCUUCAGCAGUAGAGGUCAAUUUUACCCAGCUAUGGUGUAUCUGUCCACAUCCAAGAUCAGUUUGGUGCUUCUUUUAAAUAUGGGUCUGGUCAUCAUGUGCAUUUUGUGGCAGUUAAUUAAGCGCUUGUUCCUUGGGUCCCUCAGAGAAGCAGAAGUUGAGAGAUUGAAUGAACAGUCAUGGAGGGAGAUCAUGGAAAUCCUUUUUGUGAUUACAAUAUUCCGACAAGAUUUCUCUGUUAUGUUUCUUGCAAUGGUAACUGCUCUCCUGUUAAUUAAAGCUUUGCAUUGGUUGGCUCAGAAGAGGGUUGAGUACAUUGAGACGACUCCAUCUGUUCCCAUGUUGUCUCAUAUCCGGAUUGUGUCUUUCAUGGGUUUCCUUCUUAUCUUGGAUAGUCUCUUCUUGUACAGUUAUUUGAAACAUUUGAUACAGACAUGGCAGGCUUCUGUUUCUAUUUUCUUUUCAUUUGAGUACAUGAUACUAGCUACAACUAUAGUGUCAACAUUUGUAAAAUAUAUUUUCUAUAUUAGCGACAUGCUGAUGGAAGGACAAUGGGAGAGAAAAGCAGUUUACACCUUUUACUUGGAGCUUAUACGUGAUUUGCUUCACUUAUCUAUGUACCUAUGCUUCUUCUUUCUGAUUUUUGUGAACUAUGGUGUGCCAUUACAUUUGAUUCGAGAGCUUUAUGAGACUUUUCGUAACUUCAAGGUCCGGGUUGCUGAUUAUAUUCGGUACCGGAAAAUUACUUCAAACAUGAAUGACCGCUUCCCUGAUGCAACACCUGAAGAACUUAAUGCGAGUGAUGCAACCUGCAUUAUUUGUCGUGAGGAGAUGAUAACAGCCAAGAAGCUCAUCUGUGGCCACCUUUUUCAUGUGCAUUGCCUUCGAUCAUGGUUGGAGCGGCAACAGACUUGCCCAACAUGCAGAGCAUUAGUUGUUCCACCCGAGAAUGUGACAACCACAGCUGGAGGGCAACAGGGAAUACACACUGAGGUUCAUCAACAAGAAACAGGAGCUGCUGGUACAUCAUCUCAGGGUUCAGCAGAUGGUGUAGUGGAUGAUAACCUGAGGCAGCAUUAUGCUAGACUCCAAGCUGCUACUGCAGCUGCUUCAAUCUAUGAGAAAUCUUAUGUAUAUCCUUCUUCAAAUGCUUUUGCUUGGUACCCUGGAUAUUCUUUACUUCCCCUGACGUGUAUGCCUUCGGCAAACUCCUGUACCAUGGACUCAACUGGAGAUAGAACUGCUUCUGGGGAACUGCAACAACAACAAUUUGCAACCCCUGGUGGACAGUUAAAUUUCACAUAUCCUCAGGUUCCACACUACCCAUUCAUCCCUUUCCAGGCGAUUAGUACUAAUUUUACAGGGCAGAGACUGGGAACUGAUGUAAAUGUAGAAGGUUGUCAUCUGGAAGCUAGAGAAAGAUUUAUUCAGCACCAGAUUGAGAUUCUGCAAAGCCAGCUGCAGCUUUUACGACAACAGAAACCAGGGGAAACCAUGAAAAUGAGUUCCACUGCUUCAGAUAGUAAGGGUAAGACCAGUGCAUCUCCAUCCUCAUCUUCGUCCAUUUCAGACUGUGGCUGUCAUGGUGAGGUUGAAGAGGUGGAGAAACAAUGAAGUACUAACUUUCAUGCUAAUUGCAACUUGCAAAAUAUAAUGCAAUGGAUAUAGAAAAUGCAGGGCUCCCUCUUUUUUUUUUUCUUGUUUUGUUUUUAGUUUUGCCUUAUGUUUUUCUUUAUAUUGUUCAAAUCAGUUUUGUUUGAUAAACUAUACUAUUGUAGGUAACCCCUUUAUUAAAUGACUGUAAGUGUACAUGCCUUCAGAGUUUCAGAUUUGCUGGUUGUUAUUACUGCCAGUAGUGUUCUUACAGGCUAACCAUCAGAUAAAGUUAAUCUGACAAACCUUGAUGUCUUGUGUUUGGUCUACUGUCCACACAGAUGCUCUCUCAUGUUGUGUUUAAUGUUAACUACUUUUUUUCCUUUUGAUCAAGUGUUGUAAGUUGGUACAAGAACAAUUGGAGAUGAUAUGUUCAUCAAUUACAAGGUAGCAAAUACGCUUUUUUUUU